AUGAGCUCCUUAGAAGAACGCAGAGAGGCACGUCGUAGACGGCGGGGUGAUGACGAAGAUGCACCUCCAGCUGAAGAGGAUACAAGCAGCAGAAGGAGGGGACGUCGAGGGACCGAAGACGAAUCUGCUUCAGAGGAAACUCCAAAAGCGGAACCGGAAGCCGAAGCAGAGCAGGCGCCGGCUGCGGCCGAAGACGAUUCCAGUGCCAGGGAGGAGGAGGAGAGGAGACAACGGGAGGAGGAGGAAGCGGCUGCUGCCGAGGCUGAGAGGCGAAGACAAGAAGAGGAUCGAAGAAGAAAACAGCAGGAUGAAGAGAAGAGACAACAGGAAGAGAAACGCAGAAGGGAAGAAGAGGAAGAAAGAAAAAAGGCACAGGAAAGAGCUGAACGAGAGAGGAUGGAAGCUGAAGAGGAAGCCCGGGUUCAAGCUGAAGAGGAGGAGAAGAAGAAGAAGAAAGGCAAGAGGAAGGGACUUGGCGGCUUGUCUGCAGAGAAGAAGAAAUUGCUGAAGAAACUGAUUAUGCAAAAAGCAGCUGAGGAUCUCCGUAAUGAGGCAAAGCAGAAAGCGGCUGAGAAGGAAAAAUAUAUCAAUGACAGGGUUCAAAUAAUCAAAACUGAGGGAAAAUCACAAGCUGAGCUUGAGCAGCUGGUCAAAGAACUCCACCAGAAAGUCUGUGUCUUAGAGGAAGAGGUUUACGACUGGGAGAUCAAGAUUCGCAAACAGGACUUUGAGAUUAAUGAGCUGACACUGAAAGUCAAUGACACAAAAGGAAAAUUCAUCAAACCAGUGCUCAGGAAGGUCAACAAGACAGAGAGCAAACUCAAGAAAAUCACCAAACAAAUCAAGGAAUCUACAGAUUUCAGAGGCAACCUGAAAUCUACAGGUCAAAACAAAUACGCUCUCGAUGAGGAAGAG